AACCGACAAUCUUUAUCUAAACUGGUAGCGUCGCGUCACAUGGUUUCAGGUCAUGUGCUUUUUUCAUCAAUUUCUUUUUUUUUAUUUUUUUCUUUGAUCUUUUGACUGGAGUUGUUGAAUAUAUAUAUCAAAAGAUUGAAUAAAUAUACCAUUUCAUUGUACAUAUCAUACUAUACAAAUCGUUGUUCAGUCAUGUCUAGGAAACCUCAGUUGGAAGAGAUCGAUGAUGACGAUAUCGAUAAUAUGGAUUUAGAUAUCACUAAAUUCGAUCCAAACUUAAAGACACCUAUUGCACCAUUAAGACCAGAACCAGUAAUUACUAGGUCACAAGAUCAAGAACCACCUUUAUUUCCUCCUUUACCUAUAAAUAAUAAUAUGGUACCACCUGCACCUGUAUCAUCUUCAGGAUCUAAAAAUAGUGCCACUGAUAAAGAUGUGUUGGAUACUAAUAAAUUAAGUAAAGAAGAAAGAGAUCAAAUCAAGAAAUUUCAAAUUGUAUAUCCAUGUUAUUUUGAUUUAAAUAGAUCUCAUGCUGAAGGUAGAAGAGUUUCUACAGAUAGAGCUGUUGAAAAUCCUUUGGCCAAAACCGUAUCUGAUGCAUGUCGUUUCUUUGGUUUACCUGCUAUAUUGGAAUUAGAUAAAUCUCAUCCUCAAGAUUUUGGUAAUCCUGGUAGAGUAAGAGUAAUGUUAAAAGAUACUGAUGGUGUUAGUUUAAUUAAUCCAAGAUAUAAUAAUAAAAGAAAAUUAUUAAAUGAUAUUGCUCAAUAUUUAGAAGAUCAUCCAACUACUUUAGAUAGUGUUGGUACUAAGAGUGGUAUUGCUGUUCCAUCAGAUUUCCAAGGUUAUGUACCAGAAGAACUUCCUCAAGUUAAAGGUCUUAGAAUGAAUACCAUCGUUCCAAUCCAUUCAUAUUAUACUUUAAAACAUCCUAUGACUCAAUCAAUUUACGAUCCAGAACCUGAAUUACCAGAACAACCUCAAAUAAAAGCUCCUGUACCUCCUAAACAACAAAAGAAGAAAGUUAUGAAGAUUAGGGGAUAGAAAAUUUACCUCGCCUAUUUCAAUUCUAAUUUAUGAUUUCAAUCAAUUGCAUACGAUCACUAUUUUUAAACUUUUAUA